UCAUAUAUCGAAGAAGUCUUGUAUAUGUUUUGAUUUGAUAUAAAAAUAUAUAAAUUGUCUUAGGCUUGAAUGUAUUAAUUUAAGCAUGAUUUGCCGUUUGUGCCUGAACAACGUUAACGAUACAGAUACGAUUCGGAUAUUCGAGGACGUGGGACUCUCCCUAAAUGUGGCUAAUGUGUUGGCCAAAUACUUUUGGUUUGAGCCAAAAAGCGAUGAUCCCAUAUCAACGGUAAUCUGUUUGACCUGCUGGAACCAGGUGAACGAUUUUCAUCAAUUCUAUGUGGCCGUGGAGAGUGCACAUCGUUUGCUCACCGAAAGGUUCUCCUUGAAAUCUGGCCAAGAUCAGGGGAAAGUUGAGCAUGGUGAGGACUCGGAGCAGCAGGAGGAGGAGCAGGAUGAGGACCAGGAGCUGGGAUUACCUGGAAGCGAGGGUGGUUCCUUUACCAACGAGCAGUUCCUCACCGAAGUUAUUGCGCAGCAGGAGCAGCAAACGGAUUCCAACCCACCAAAGGAGCAAUUUAUCAAAGAAGACCCAGCAACAGAAAACGAUUUAGAAACCGUAGACACCUUACCCACAGAAGAGCGUAGAGAAACUCGUUCGUCCGCCAAAAGUAAAGCACAUCAUUCGUUGCCUCCCUCUACACCUCCUGAAAAAUCGAAACCUGUGGCGAAUAAAUCCAGAGCGAAACGAACCCCGUGCAAAGCAGAAGGAACCCCACAGAAAAGCAAACGCUAUGCGGACUACAAACAGUGCAUGCUGGAUAUCGAUGCCAAGAUCUCUGCCCACAUGCGACUCACCUGCGACGUUUGUCACGAGGGGCAGGAGACCUUCCUUCUGCUCUGCAAGCACAUGCUGCAGGAGCACCAUCGCAAGGGCUAUGCCAUUUGUUGCAAUAAGAAGUUCUACAAGCGCUCCUUUCUCACCGACCAUAUUGAUCGACACGCCGAUCCGGAGAAGUUUAAAUGCACCCAGUGCGACAAGCGAUUUGCAGACAAACAGUGCCUGAGGAACCAUGAGCUGCUAAAGCACCAUCCGGAGGAGGAGAAGACCUUUAUGUGCGAGCAGUGCCACAAAAGGUACACUAAGCAGUAUCUGUUGGAUCAGCAUCGCGUUAUCCACAAGGAGCGCAAUGUGGUCUGCGAUCUUUGUGAGAGGAGAUUUCCCAACCAAUCCCUUCUGUGCACGCACGUCAAGAUGGCGCAUGGCAACUAUGGCACCAUGUGCGACAUCUGCGCCCAGGUUAUACGUGGACGAGCUGCCUUCCAGCGACAUCAGCUGGAGCACGCUGGUGUCACGGAGCCCAAGGUUCAGUGCGACAUCUGCGGAUCCUGGCAUAAGAACAAGCACAGUCUCAAGAAGCAUGUGCGGCGACAUAAUGGCACUGCUGCCACUUGCGAUGUGUGUGGAAAGGUUUCGCCCAAUAGGAGCGCCAUGCUCAGUCACCAGCGCUAUGUGCAUCUCACGGACAGGAAGCACGAAUGCAGUGUGUGCGGUAAAUCCUUCAAGAAGGCCAUCACACUGAGGGAACACAUGACCAUGCAUACGGGCGAGGUGCUUUACAAGUGUCCUCACUGCCCGAAGACCUUUAACUCCAAUGCGAAUCAGCACACGCAUCGUAGGAAGUGUCAUCCCAAGGAGUUCGAGGAAGCAAGGAAGGCACGCACCGAGCAACGAAAAGCCAUCGACGAGGAGACACCCAGCGUGUUGACCAUCUCAACGGGCGAGGAUGGGGAAUCCCACAGCAUUCUGCUGACGAAUACCGAAGAGGAUAUUAAGGGUGAUACCAUCGAGUUCACUCUGUGUCUCAGUGCCGAUACCACAGAUUGAAACUGAUUUCUGUUACAAUUGGUGGACAUGUAACCAGCACAGUUAAAAAAUGGCAGAAUGGGAAUUUGAAAGAUUUUUCUGAAAAAUGAAGUCAAUUUCCUAGACAUUUUAAAUAACUAUCUAAAUUAGAAACAGCGUGUUUAUUUUUAGAUCCUUAGGCUAGCAGCGUUUAACAAAAUAGACGGAGAUUUUAAGUGGAA